AUGGCCGAACAUCCAGAUCAAUCGCCAGACCGCAGCGUGGACACGGUCACUACAUCCGGCCCCAGCCAGGUGGACCUCCAAGAAGACAUUCGGACACGCUUGGGACAUGCAGAAGAGCUCAGGAAAGAGGGGAACGAAUCCUUUCGCGCUAAACGAUGGGAUGAAGCCCUUGCUUCGUAUAGAGCGGCACUUGGCCGCCUGCCCAAACUGCCCGAAGCUCUGUCGCUUAGCAAGGACAAUGGCGCAGAACCAACUGCAGAUGAAGCUGACAACGACGCGUCAGACCAAGAUGUGGGCAUGCAAUCUACGCCGAUAGACACGCAAGCCGAAGACAAGCAUGAAGGAGUCAGCUCAGAGACUGAUGCGGAAUGUGCGAAAGCGAGGGCCAUCAUCAACGCUAACAUCGGCGCAUGCUUCAUGAAGCUCGAAGAAUAUAAGGAAGUCGUGACCGCUUGCACCCAAGCACUACAAGAUGACCCAAGAUAUGUCAAGGCCUUACAAAGGAGGGCGACUGCCCAUGAACAACUUGGCUCUUGGUCGUCUCUUUCUAGCGCACAGGAAGAGACCCUUCUGCUAGAUUACAAGCAGUUACUUGAAAUUCUCCCCGCAUCUUCCCCUGACCUCGUCAAUAUACGUCGGGCCUUGGUCGCUCUUCCUCCUCGUAUAGAGGCGGCUCAAAAGGCGGAGACAGCGGAGAUGCUCGGUAAGCUGAAAGGCCUUGGGAACAGUAUCCUGGGAAACUUUGGCUUGUCGACGGACAACUUCCAGUUCACCCCCAAUGGGCAGGGAGGUUAUUCCAUGAACUUCGUCCGAUGA